GGUUACAUUGGAGGCACCGUUCUCUCACGUCUUAUCGAGCACAAAGCUUCAAAGAAUUUCGACAUCACUAUUCUUCUGCGUUCUACUAGGUCUCCUGCUGCAUACGAGGCCUUGGGAUUGAAAACUGUCUCAGGAACUGACUCUGAUUUCGCGCUGUUGAGGGCACAGGCGGCAGCGGCAGACGUUGUCAUCACCACUGCAGACUGUGACGACCUUCCUGCCGCACAGGCACUUCUGCAAGGCGCCAAAGAUCGUUACGAGAAGACGGGGAAGGCUCCCAUCCUCGUCCAUACUUCAGGCACUGGUGAACUCGUUGACAAUGCGCAAGGGUUGUAUAGCACCAAUACCAUCUACUCGGACCUCGAUGUUUCUCUGUAUGAAGCUCUCCCCCCAACCCAACCUCACCGGAAUGUCGAUCUCGCCGUUAUCGCUGCAGACAACGAAGGCUUGUGGACUUGUUUUCCGCGUUUCUAUCAUUGUAAUCAUCACACAGGUUACGUGAAAACAUAUAUCGUUCUUCCCCCAACUAUCUACGGAGUGCCCACUGGUAUCUUACACAAACACGGUCUUCAACGCUCAGUCGUUGCCCAAAUCCGUCAUCUCGUUGAGGCAAGCAUUGCUAGGAAGCAAGGUGGUGUUGUCGGUGAAGGCAAGAAUAUUUGGCCCAACGUUGACGUGAACGAAAUGGCCGACCUCUACUUGAUCAUCUUCGAUCUUGCUCUCUCACCCUCUUCUGCUCCUGCCGAAUUCCAGCAUGGUCGAUCUGGCAUCUACUUUACUGUUAGUGACGAGCACCAGUUGUAUGAUGUCUCCAAGGCUGUAGCUGCGGGUCUCGCUCGGCGAGGUAUUGGAUCUUCCGAGCCCACAUCUUUCAGCAAGGCUGAAGCGGAACCUUUACUAUUCUCACUGGGCACUAAUUCACGAGUCGACUUUGAGAAAAGCAGAGGCAAAGCCCUGGGGUGGAAACCGACCAAGGGGACAAAGGAUAUGUUGGCCUUCGUCGAGGUUGAAAUCGAUCGUCAACUAAAGAAAGAUUAGUAUUCUGGAAUGUGUAUUUGUAACCGACCCCCUGUGUACAGCAGGUCCCAUCUUCUGUUCAAAACACUGCAUCUUCUGCUCCUACUUGUAUUCUCAAACAUUUCUAAGCUACAUCUAUGCUUAGGCUUGUGUCGUGUUGUAGUUCCUACUGAUUUCUUGUUCCUUUUCAGCUCCUUUUUGUGUCUGAGGUUCUUUCGUAUCCAUCUCUCGCAGCUCGUCGGUCGUUUAGCUCUUGAAGGCCUUGAUGCUUCUUCCGUUUCUCCUUUCGCUUUCGAUUACAUCCCGGUUCGGUUUGGCAGUCACCUCCCUUUCUGGCAGGUCACUUAAUCCUAAAAGGUUUCUAUGUGCUUAGCAGUAAAGCAGUGGCGGAUGGGCAGUAAAUUGUGGAUCAGCUUCGUCAAUGCUGAACUUGUAGAAGAUCGAAGAUUAUAUCAUUCUGGGGCAG